AGCCGCGUCUUCGAGUUCGUCUUCCUCAAUCGCGUCCGUAGGCAGCGGCGCCGCCGCGCAGCAGUACCACAACGGGAAUGCAUACUCGCACCAUCACGCGUACAGUGCUGCCGCACAUCUACAUCACUAUGGUGCAGCGGGGGGAGCGUAUCCAGGCGCACACUCCGCGAGCCACAAGACCACAGCUCCACCACCACCACCCUCCGUCGUCGCACAGCUCCCCCCUGGUUCUUAUCAGCAGCACAAUGGUCCUCAGGCAACAGCAACUGCGGCAGCGCAAGCCUAUCACGCCCCUGUUCUAGGAACGGGCCCCACAUACCGCGAGGGCACCCACCGCAAUAUGCCGCCCGAACGACUGCAGCGAAACCACAGCGGGGAGGACAUUGCAAUAUCUACGUCAGCUGCGAACAAAAACCCUCCACAUUCCUUGAGGUCAGCAAGUGCUGCGCCAAUGCAGCCCCAGCAUCCUCACCCAGGGGGCUCGCGAGGACCACCUCCGCGAGGCUCUACCCAACAGCAUCAUCAUGCGACUGGUGGCGGAUACAACAGUCACCAGCACCAGACUCCUCCCCCUUCAACCCACCAUCACCAACAUCACAGAAACCAAACCCCUCCCGACUACACGACCUCGUCUUCGUAUAAUGGUGGAUUAGCUUGUACUUCGGCAUCCAGCAGCAGCUACCACAAUCAGGGUAACCAGCAUAAUACUUACAACAAGAACUACAGCAACAACUCAACAGCUGCAUCAAAUAGAAUUAGCACCUCCGCAAGGGCGGACGCGAGUGGCGCUGGUGGCGGGCGUGGGGGCACCAUGACAACGGCAAAUGGUUCCACUGGCGUCUCGGCGUCUGGCGGUGCCGCCCGGCUCGGUGCAAGCCGAUCGAGCGGACCUGCUGCGAAGUACAACGGGGGAGCGACAUAUGCUGAAAUGGGAGGAUCCACUUCAUCACUCACCGUAAAGCCGAGUAGAGCUGCCGGUGGGAGCAGCGCGCCGGCUAUCGUAGCGACAACUACGUCAGCGGCAUUGUCCGGAGAAUCAUCGAGAUCAUCAAACGGAGCAACUGAAACUUCAAUUCACACUGCAGUAAUAGGGGUCCGUGCAUCUAGUGCUAGCGCUUCCACUUCCACUCUACUAGUUGGAGGUAGUUCCUCGACAUCAUCGUUUUCGACAUCUUCCGCGGCCGUGAACUCAGCGGGGGGAGCACCGCCACCACCACCGCCGGCAUCUCACCACACACCACCGGUGGAGCGCACGAGCAGCACCGGAUCCUCAGGGACCGCACGAUUAGGAGGUGCUGGGAUCAAGCCAUUGCGCAAGACGGCCUCCGUAAGCCCAGCGUGCGAUGCACGAGAGUUUUUGGAUGCAGGCCCGACCGAAAUGCUUAAGAAAGUACCACCGCCCCCGCCGCCGGUAAUAGCCGCAGGAAGCUCGACCGGUAUAGAAUCUAUGAUAGAUCCAGUUAUUUCUUUCCUGUUUCUUGUAUUUUAUUCUGCAGCUCCGCUUCGGCGACAGUGUAUCGACUUGAUGAACUUGUGUAGAUUCUACGUACUAGAAGAAGAAGAAGAAGAAGAACAAGAUGAUCGAGUAGUUGUGAGGAGGAGGAGCAUACUACCAGGAUAUUAAAUAGGCGCUUCAUAAAGAUGCUUGUCAUCCUCUUAAUCACAGGUAAUGCAGGUGAAGCAUCCCUCGUCACACCGGAGAAAACUCAGUCGGCUGUGAAUCAAAAAUUUCAGUGA